AACACAUAAUAGACGCGACACAUUAUUAGUAGGCACGUAGAGGUUUCACGUUUUGUUUACGCACAACUUUCGAUUUUGUUAGAUUUGGAAACUACGAGAGCCCGUAGUGACGUCACCUUAUGGAAAUUGUCAGAGGGGCAAGAUGGCUACGGAACCAAAUAAGACCGAGAUCCUUACCAUUUUCAAAAGAUUAAGAUCUAUUCCUACAAACAAGGUGUGUUUUGACUGCGCUGCCAAAAACCCCAGCUGGGCAAGUAUUUCAUACGGUGUGUUCUUAUGCAUUGACUGCUCUGGCAUCCACCGCUCCCUGGGCGUGCAUCUCAGCUUCAUCAGGUCCACUGAGUUAGACUCCAACUGGAACUGGUUUCAGCUUAGAUGUAUGCAGGUUGGAGGCAAUGCCAAUGCGACGGUGUUCUUCCGCCAGCAUGGCUGCUCCACAAACGACACCAACGCCAAGUAUAACAGUCGUGCAGCCCAGUUGUACAGGGAGAAGAUUCGGCAGCAAGCAAACGCUGCGUUGUCGAAAUAUGGUUCAGAUCUAUGGAUCGAGUCUUCUGCAGGAAGCACUCCUGCAGCUCCUGAGAAGGAAGAGACAGACUUUUUUGCAGAACAUACACAGCCUGCUAUGGACUGGAGUAUGGCGCCAGCCUCCGAGCCACAGCAGAAUGGAGCCGCUCUGACCCCCCAGCUAUCAGACACAACGGCCAAAGGCCAGGAUGACAACAAGCCGGAGGAAGGACCCAGCAUCGAUGGUCUGAGCACGUCCGACAAAAUCUCCAUUGAGGACUCCAUGCGUUUGUCAUCACAGGAAGGAUGGACACCUAAAGAUGUGAAGCCUUCCAUCAUUGGAAAAAAGAAGCCCAUGACUGCCAAAAAAGGGCUCGGCGCAAAGAAAGGUCUGGGUGCUCAGAAGGUGAGCAGUAAGAGUUUCUCGGAGGUGGAGAAGCAGGCGCAAGUGGCCGAGAAGAUGAGAGAGGAGCAGGCGGCUGAGGCGAAGAAACAUGCCGAGGAGUCCAUUGUGGCCUCGAUGCGUUUGGCCUACAAAGAGCUGGAGAUCGACAGGAAGAUGGAGGAAAAGAAGAUUCAGACCAUGGAAGGCAAGAAGAGAGAGCAGGCUGAGAGACUGGGCAUGGGCUUCGGCAACAGGAGUGCUGUGUCCCACUCGGUGAUGUCGGAGAUGCAGGUGAUCGAGCAGGAGACUCCUGUGGGAUCCAAGUCCUCCUCUCGCUCCAAACUGGACAUGUUUGAUGAGCCGGGUUUCACCUCUGGACCCCCAAAAUACAAGGACAACCCGUUUACAGUGGGAGACAGUUUUGGAUCCCGGUGGGACACGGAGGCAGGAACUGCCUCCUUUACCACCUCCUGGGCCCUGGAGAAAGAGGACCCCAAAGAGGAGAUCACCAUCUCUAGUAUUCAGCCAAUUGGAGAACGACUUCCCAGCAGAAGAAAAGCCGACGUAUCGGCUCCGGUGUCCGAGUCGAGCGAGGCACGACAGAAGUUUGCGAAUGCCAAGGCGAUCUCUUCGGACAUGUUCUUUGGUCGGGAGAGCAGCGCAGAGUAUGAUGCAAAGACCAGACUGGAGACCAUGUCUGGAAGCUCCUCCAUCAGUUCAGCUGACCUGUUCGGGGAGGGCAGUGACCAAAAAGGGCGGGCGCCAGGCUUUGACAGUGUGCUCCCCUCCGGCCCGGACAUCGCACAAUUCAAACAGGGAGUGAAGACUGUAGCAGGCAAGAUGGCAGUGUUGGCCAACGGUGUCAUGAAUACUAUCCAGGAUCGCUACGGCGCCUACUGAUCAGCACCGACCUGCGGGAAGACGUACUGACGCCUGUGAAGAGCAGCGAGACCUCGUGACUGAAACACGCAUUUGGGACGGAGUAGAUGGGACGAGAGAGAGACCGAGACGGGAAGCAGAAAGGAUUGCAUGGGAAAAAAAUAAAUAAAUCGUGCUUC